GGCAAUGGUCGCUCGCUCCUCUUUCGUUCUCUUGGGUCUCAGAGGGACUUUGUGGUCACCCUUCCCGUCAGACUGAGAGGAGUCCGUGAGGGGAGAAGAGGCUUCUGCCUCUCCUCUUGGAGCCUAGUGAAGAGACCCCGCUCCCUCACGCCCACCCGGAGGCUGGGUCCGCAGGGGGGCCGAGAGCGGCCUGCCGUCCAGUGCCCGAGGAUCCAGGCCGUUCCCGGUGCUGGAGUUGUGUUGUGGGCGGUCGAGGGAGGAGGAGUUGUCCGCGGCAAAGCCCUCCUCCCCCCUCCUUUUACCCGCCGGUGGCAGAAGGUGUCAGACUCUGAGUCCAGGAGACUUGGAUCCUCGACAGUCCUCGUUCUACGUGGGACCCCUCGGCAAGGCCCCUCGCUCCUCCGAGCCUCGCCUCUUCAAUAUUAUUUGCCUUGCUCUGCUUAAAGGAUUGUUUCUAGGAUCAAAUUCAAUUCCAAGAUGCCUAAAGUAAAAAGAAGCAGGAAAGCUCCCCCAGAUGGCUGGGAGCUAAUUGAACCAACGUUGGAUGAAUUGGAUCAGAAGAUGAGAGAAGCUGAAACUGAACCUCAUGAAGGAAAGAGGAAAGUAGAAUCUCUCUGGCCAAUCUUCAGGAUUCAUCACCAGAAAACGAGAUACAUAUUUGACCUCUUUUAUAAGAGGAAAGCCAUAAGUAGAGAAUUGUAUGAGUACUGCAUUAAAGAAGGUUAUGCAGAUAAGAACCUGAUUGCCAAGUGGAAAAAACAAGGUUAUGAAAAUCUGUGCUGCCUCCGUUGCAUUCAGACUCGGGAUACUAAUUUUGGAACCAAUUGUAUAUGUAGGGUUCCAAAAAGCAAGUUAGAAGUGGGGCGGAUCAUUGAGUGUACCCAUUGUGGCUGCCGAGGAUGCUCUGGUUGACAGGCCUCGAAGUGAUGGACCCACAGAUUCCAUUUCUGGCUUAUUUUUAUUGUUAUCUCCAUGAGUAGCUGUUAGAAGUGAACACUUCCCUGGAUAACUCUUGCUUUCCAAAGCUACAACCAGUGAUUGGAGCAUAGUGGCAAAUGAAAGACUGUGUUAAUCAACUGUAAUUAUUUGUGAUUUAAAAAUAAAACCUUUAACCAUUGGUAACUCA